UGCGGUGUCAGAGAGCCUAGGCCUGCUCCAUACACAGAUGGAACCAUGAACUCCAACCACGGCUUUAGCCAGACCUACUCAGCCUCUGUCCAUAGCUUCGGAGGCAGCUGGGGUCGGCCUGGGAGCUUCCACAGGACCCCUAGUGUCCAUGGAGGGGCAGGAGGUGUCCGCAUCUCCCUUUCCUUCACCACACCAGGCUGCCUGCCUCCUGGAGGAUCAUGGGGGUCUGGAAGAGGCAGUCCCCUGCUAGGUGGAAAUGGCAAGGCCACCAUGCAGAACCUCAAUGAUCGCCUGGCCACCUACCUAGAGAAGGUACGGGCUCUGGAGGAGGCCAAUUCAAAGCUGGAAAGUCGUAUCCUGCAGUGGCAUCAGGAGAGAGAACCUAGCAACAAAAAAGAUUAUUCCCAAUAUGAGGAAAACAUCAGCCGCCUGCAGGAGCAGAUCGUGGACAGUAAGAUGACAAAUGCUCAAAUUGUCGUGCUCAUUGACAACGCCAGGAUGGCCGUGGAUGACUUCAACCUCAAGUAUGAAAAUGAACACUCCUUUAAGAAAGACUUGGAAAUUGAAGUUGAGAGCCUCCGAAAGAACUUGGAUGAUCUGACCAUUGUCACGACAGACCUGGAGCAAGAGGUGGAGGGAAUGAGGAAAGAACUCAUCCUCAUGAAGAAGCGCCAUGAGCAGGAAAUGGAGGAGAGUCAUCUGCCAAGUGACUUCAAGGUCAAUGUGAAGGUGGACACAACUCCAGGGGAAGAUCUGAUUAAGGUCUUGGAAGAUAUGAGGCAGGAAUAUGAGCUAAUCAUAAAGAAGAAACAUCAAGAGUUGGACACCUGGUUUAGAGAGCAGUCAGCAGCCAUGUCCCAGGAGGCGGCCAGCCCGGCACCUGUACAAGGCAACCAAAGUGAUGUCCACGAGCUGAGGCGAACAUUCCAGGCCCUAGAAAUUGACCUGCAGGCACAACACAACAGGAAAUCAGCUUUGGAAAACAUGCUGACUGAGACCCAGACUCGGUACUCCUGCCGCCUCCAGGACAUGCAGCAGAUCAUCUCCCACUAUGAGGAGGAGCUGAUGCAGCUACGCCAAGACCUGGAGCGGCAGAACAGUGAACACAAAGUGCUGCUGGGCAUCAAAAGUCACCUAGAGAAGGAAAUCGCCACCUACCGCCAGCUCCUGGAGGGAGACAUUGAAGGGACAAUGGAUGAGUCUGAGUCGAGAAUGAAAGGAUCUACAGCUUCAACAAUCAAGGCCAUCACUCAAGAGAGCGUCAAUGGAAGAAUAGUUCUUUCUCAAGUGAAUGAGAUCCAAAAGCAUGUGUGAGGCCAAUAAGUCUCUGGCCGUUGUAAAAACCAUGUUCCCCAAUGGAAAGUCCUUGCCUAGACGCUAAUGGGUGAGUCUCACUGGGAAUCCUUGGAGUAGUCAGAUUCAGAAACUUUUCUCUGUAAUGGUCUCACCAGACUUCCCAUGAUGCUCUUAAUAUAUUGCUGGAAUACUUUAGUCAAAGAAGAAGUUUAUGAAUUAAAGCUCUACUCUCCUGCUCUCCCAGGGGCCCAUUAAUGUGCAUAUGGUUUGUAGCCAAUAAACCUCCAUACAGGUUGCAUCCGUCUUUUCUUACGUCAUCAGGCAAGACAGGGCCUCAUUUAUCUUUCUACUGAGAUGUUUGUGAAGCACUUCCAUGAAAGAUCCAGAGGGAUCUUCAGAUGUCCGACAUGCACUUGGCAGAAUGGCCACCCUGAAACUAUGCCACCCAGGGAUGAGGUGUGGUUCUUGAGGUCCUCUAGACCCUGCUAGGAGAAAAGCGGGUGGAGGACAUAGAGGAAAGAAUCUCUAAAAGCUCUCCUGAGUUAGCCAAAUGUAUGUAAGAAAGUAGCUGAGUGUGAAAAUGAGAGCUAAAAUCAAGAAAGGAGAUUUUGUGGGGUAAAUGUCAUCACACAGGAAUGCUAAAACCCAAAUUACAAAUGUCGGGAUCCAGAGACUGCCCGUGAUCUAUGGCUGGUGGCAAACCUACUGAGAUGAUGACCUCUGUCCUCUUGAGAAGAGGCCAUUUUCUCAGGUUCUAGGAGAGUAAGCCAUUGUUGUAUGACUGGUUCAGAGGGCCUCGGCUGGGGGCAAAGAGCUAGAAAGCGACGUGUCUCUGAAGACAUCAUCAGAAGGUGGGAACACGGAAUGAUGAGAUAUCAGCAACUUAAGAGACAACAAGGAUGGAUAACGUCACCCCUUUCACAAACAACCUGAUGCUCAGAGAGGUGAAGGUGUUGACCCAAAUGCUCGCUAGGCUGGCACUGCUGGACAAAGGUCUAUGUCUCACGGUCCUUCCAACAACUUCACUUGUUAAGCUAAAAGUGGAUGUGACUGAGUGACUUUGUCAUCUGUUACAUUUGCUGCAUCUCAUUUUUAUUAUUGUUUUCAUACUCUCUUUUUAAAUUUUUUAAUGUGUCUGACUGUUACAUCUGCAUGUACAUCUGUGCAUCAUGUGCAUGCGGUGGCUGAGGAGGCCAGCGGUUGUCAGAGCUCUAGGAACUGGAGUUGCAACCAUUUGUGAGCCACCUUGUGGGUGCUGGGCACUGGACCCGGGUCCUCUGAAAAAGUAUCCAGUGAUAUUAGCCACUGUGCCAUCUCUCAAGCCCUUAAUAGCCUCUUUGAAAGGAUUACUUUUGAUGAUUUCUAAACUGAGAAUCUGUUAAACCUGAUUUUGUUUUUUCCCUUUAAUGCAACAAUUAGUAUUUCUGAUCUGUAAUCCCUCAGGAAUAAAAAAAAAUCUAACCCUCUAGAUGGGAAGAAAAACAGAAUAAAUAAAAGAGGCUAGCCAUAUCACUAAGAAUAAAAAAAUGUUAAUUUAACUAAAUUCCAUGAAUACAGGGGUAAAUUUUUAAGUUUGUAUUUGUGAUUUGACUGUUUUCAGAGAGGCUAAAAGACAGCAAACACACAAGCCUUCCCAAAGACUUUUCUGUGUUCUAUAUUCAUCAUUCUGCUACUCUGGGCAUUAUUUCUUAAAAUAUAAAAAAUGUCCACAAAAUUUUUAUCUGUCUCCCAUGCCAUUGAGGUCUACAUCCACAGAUUCAGCCAACCACAUGUCAUAAUUAUUUGAAAACUAAUUGGAUUUGUAUUGAAUGUGUACAGACAUUUUUCUUUGUCUCAAUUCCUUGAACAAUAGUUCAUAAAAUUUGCUUUGCAAUAUGUAUUAUAACUCAUGUAGAGCUGGCUUAAUGAGUAUAGGUUAUAUUAAAAUGCUUUAACAUUGUG